AUGGGGAGCCACAGAACCAAGCUGUCUUGGAACAGUCAGCUCUCGCUUUCUCCUCUUCCGAGCUUCAAGCCCCCAACUCCUCCAACCAUGAGCCGCAGUCUCCGCCAGAUUUCUUGUCUUUUCCUGCUCUGUCUGCUGUCCGGACUCCUGACGCCGUCAGUCCGGUUAGCCAGCGGAGCGCCCGUGGUCAAUGAGCUACGCUGCCAGUGUCUGCAAACCGUGCAGGGAAUUUCCUAUAAGACCCUCGCCAGCCUGAAGGUGAUCCCAGCCGGUCCCCACUGCUCCAACCUUGAAGUCUUAGCCACUCUGAAGAAUGGAAAAGUACUUUGCCUUAACCCCGAGGCUCCCCAAGUUAAGAAAGUAGUGCAAAAAGCUCUGAAAAGCAACUCCAACUAGUAACUUCAAAACAGAAGAUGGUCUCUUGAAAAGCCUAAGCAACUCCAUUUUGAGAACAUGGAUCUCAAAGAGUCAGAAGAAUCCCACUACUUUGCCAAGCAUCUGUGAUUUGUUUGGAAAUUCUUUAUUAUAAUGCCUUUAUUUAUUUUAUUUGUUAGUUUUUACAAGUGUGAUUGGAACUAGUUGUUAAAUUAAUGUCUUCUCUUCACUUUUUAUAAAACCAAAGUUAUUCCAGUUUUUCCUUCAUGCGCUAUAUCUUUCAUUUAAAUGUGAUAUUUUCAACUUCUUUGAGAAUCAUCUAUUAUGUAUCUAUUUAAAGUUGGCUGUGAUUUGUGUGAGAAAGAGUUCCCACAUUCAGAUAGCAGGUGACCAAAAACAUUAUUUAUGAUAAUUAUCUGACAUUGUCUGUGUACUAUGUAUUUAUAUUUGAAGUAUUGAGAACUGUAAUGUUCUAAUUAUCCCAUAGACAUUUAAUGUCUUCUUUGUAUGGCAUACUGUCAUGUUUAGUGUAAAAAUACACAAUGUUCUUAGUUCUAUUUAUAUCCUAAAAUAAGAAGAUUUAAAUAUUUAUUGUUAACAAAUAACUGCAAAGCCUAUGAAAUAAAGUAUUUUGAUAAUGUC